AUGAUAUUAAUACAACGAACAGUUCAAACAGUAUUUAGAGAUUUACUUGAAUCUGAUACAAUAAAUAUUGAAAAAUUAAAAAAGCAUGUUCAAAAAAAUUCAAUUGUUGCUGAAUUAAAGCCAUUCUGUUGGAAGAUCUUAUUAGGUAUUAAAUCACCUUAUCGUACAACACGUCAAUAUGUUGAUCAAGCUAAUUGUGACAUGUACAAAUGUCUUCAUUCAACAUUAACAACUUGUCGACUAAUUAAAACUGAUACAACUAUUUCUCAACAAUUUCUUUCAAUGUAUUUACUGGAUUCACAUCCAACUAAGUUAUCUGUUACUUUAACAAACGAAUAUGAACCAUAUUUAUCGAUUGCAAAUUUUAUUUGUGUCUUUCUUGAUAAUGAUAAUGAACAACGAUUAGAAGUUACUGCUGAAUGUUGGCUUAUGACUUGUAAAAUAUACGAUAAAUUUGUUCAAUUAACUCGACGUAUUGCCUUACUCGUACUUAAAAUUGCUCAACAAGAAUUUCUUCAUGAACCGAAAUUAUUACUUCAUUUAAAUACUCAAAAUGUAUUUGGUUAUAUACCAGAAAAAUGGCUUAAAGAUGGUUUUCAAUUAAUAGUUGAUGAUAUUUCUUUAUUAAACAUUUGGGAAAAAUUUCUUGCUGGUAGCGAAUAUAUUUUUGUGUUUUUAACAAUUCAUAUUCUUCAUCAUUGUCGUCUAAAGCUACUUAGUUUGUACACAACAACAGAAAUUAUACAAUAUCUCGGUGAUCUCAAAAUUGUUGAUCAAGCUGAUUGUGAACAUAUCGUCAUAGCUUCUAUUGCAUCAUGGAAGAAACAAAGUGGUUCACUACUUGAUUUUCCUGCAACUCAUAAUUAA